AUGUAUGGUAACCGCUGGAUGUGGACCUACCUGAGCCACGUGAAGUGUUGCAGCCAAGGGCCUACCACUUGGUGGCUGAGUUGCUGUUGUUCCCAAACUCUUCACUUUUCUUAUAAUAAAGUUGACUUUGGAAUAUUUAGGAGCGAGGAAAUUUCAGGACUGGAUUUGUUGCACAGGUGGCAUCCUGUGACAGUUCCACGCUGGAAAUCACUGAGAGCGGCCCAAUCUUUCACAAAUACAUCCAAGCUGUCAGAGUUGAGGAAGCGCUUUGAAGGUGUGACCGGGAGCGGCGGUGACUGGGAAAUGAAGAGGAAGGAGCGUAUGGCUCGGCGACUGGAGGGCAUGGAGGUGCACCCGUCCCUGGUGGCCAACCGACUCCUGGAAGAGGACACACCGCGGUACACCAGAGCAUCAGACCCUUUGUGCCACACUCAGGGACUUGAACACCCAGAAAUGCAGACCAUUGCCCGGGAGCGGCAGUCUGGAUCUGAUGCCAAGGUCGCCAGUCCCUUGGAUCCCGUCCUCACUUCCUCUCCCGCCAAAGCUCCCGAGUUAGAGUCCAAAGCUGAACGCAUCGCUCGCUACAAGGCGGAGCGUCGUCGGCAGCUGGCCGAGCGCUACGGCAUCUCCUUGGACCUGGAGCCGGACGUGGACUACCUGUCCGAGGGUUCAGAGAGGCGCAGGGAAGAGGAGUUCGACCGGGGAGAAGGAGGCGGAGUGGUGAGCAGAGGGCCCGGUGUGGCCCACCACAACCCCUCUGACCCCACCUACCGAACCACCCGGACCAGAGUGGACUUGUCCUCAGAGAGGGAGCGAGUCUUGAACCUGGAGAACCAACGCAGAGGAGCAGUCCCUCAGCCGCCCUACAUGGACGUGUCCUCGCUGCCCGCCCAGGAGCACGCCGCCACAGCUGUGCCGCCCGGCUCGCCCAAGUCCAGUGGACCCCGGUCUCUGAGCUCGCCCAAGUCCAGUGGACCCCGGUCUCUGAGCUCGCCCAAGUCCAGUGGACCCCGGUCUCUGAGCUCGCCUCAACGCGGCGCUUCUUCUGGCGACGUCUUCCAGGAGCAUCACGGACUCUUCAGGCAAGGCAGAGGGCCCGGUGUGGCCCACCACAAUCCCCCUGACCCUGCCUACCGAACCACCCGGACCAGAGUGGACUUGUCCUCAGAGAGGGAGCGAGUCUUGAACCUGGAGAACCAACGCAGAGGAGCAGUCCCUCAGCCGCCCUACAUGGACGUGUCCUCGCUGCCCGCCCAGGAGCACGCCGCCACAGCUGUGCCGCCCGGCUCGCCCAAGUCCAGUGGACCCCGGUCUCUGAGCUCGCCUCAACGCGGCGCUUCUUCUGGCGACGUCUUCCAGGAGCAUCAAGGACUCUUCAGGCAAGGUACAAGGACACACCCGUGCACUGAUUGGUUCCUUCAGACCGAUGCGGAGGGCGACACCCACUCCCUAAUCAACUGGCCGUCCAGAGUCCGAGUUAGGGAGAAGCUUGCGAAGGAAGAACGCCAGCACAGGAGCACAGACGUGGUGGAAGGUUUCGUGUCCCGCAGACUAGUUCCUCCACCAGGAGGUCCAGAUCUUGCUUACCUGUCCAUGGCCUCCGGUGUCCCGGACGAAGACCCGGGUGGUGUCCGGGCACAAGGUCUCCUGAGGAGCAGGAGGGCGGUGCUGCCCUCCGAGGUCCGUCGCAGGGAGAAGAGCACCGAGGACCCCCGCGGAGGAAGGGGGGACGACGAGACCGGGACCUCCGGGCUCCUCGGGGUCGGUGGGGAAGACCCUGGAAGAAGAACCAGAAGGGAAACCCCUGAGCUCUCCAAGCCCACAGAAGACGUGAGGAGCGGAGAGACCGAGGACCACGUCCAACAAACCUCCGCCGGUCACGUCCAGCUCGGACCGGCGCCGUCAGCGGUGGGCGCCACGGACCACGCGGCCAACACCCGCUCUGCACGGGAGGCAGGCGGCUGCGCGGCCGUUCCAGAUCCCCGGCGGCUGCAGCAAAAUAAGGAAGAGAUUCCCCAGGACAGAAUGGUUUCUGUGGCCCAGCUCAGACAUUCCUACUUGGAGAAAACCUGCACACCUCCCAGCACACGCAGAGCUGAGCUGUCGUGUGUGAGCUCCACCUUUGCUUCCAAUGAAGCCGAAGAGGAGAAAGUGGAUGAUCGAGCUAAACUGAGUGUGGCUGCUAAGCGCUCACUCUUUAGGGAGCUGGAGAAAAACGUCCUUGGAGUCACUAAGCCGCGCUCCAGGAACGCUGCGGUGGACCGCCGGCUAAGACGGACUCAAGACCGAUCCAGAACUCAACCAGUCACCACGGAGGAGGUGGUCAUUGCUGCCUCCCUGCAGGCGAGGUCGCAUCACAACGGCGUCACGCGGGAACCCACACCAGACCUCCAGGAGGCGGGGGAUGGGGUCCAAGAGGAGGCCGACCUCUGCACUCUCAGCCUGGCGGACAAGAUGGCGCUAUUCAACCGACUGGCUCAGCCCGCCAGCAGAGUGACUCACACCAGGCAGCGCAGGAGCAACACCCGCUACCAGACUCAACCCAUCACUCUGGCCCACCUGGAGCAGCACCUGUCUUCAUCCUCCUCUUCCUCACGGCGAGGAGGCGGAGUCACGCUGUGCAGCGAGCAGGCAGGUGACAUCCACCUGACCAGACCACCAGAGAUGCCACAGACCACUUCUGCCAGGCCCAAAGGUGUUUACCACCCCCCGCUGGCAGACACACACUCCGCCCACCGCCAACUCCCUGCCAGCCUGCCGCGGUCCGAGGGCGACGUGCGUGAGGUGAUGGCGGCCGCACAUGAGACGGGCGACAUGCGUGAGGUGAUGGCGGCCGCACACCUGUCUGUCAAGGAGAGGGUGGCUCUGCUGAAGAAGAGCGGCGAGGACGAGUGGAGGAGGAGCCUCAGCAAGAAGCAGGGAGCGCUGGACGUGGCUGUAGGCGACCUCCACGCUCACCUGUGGGAGCUGGAGCAGAGCUUGAAGGAGAAGAAGAUGAGAGAGGUUGCCAUGGAGACUCACAGAUCCAUCCAGGAGAGGAAGGAGCAGAUGGAAGCUCAAGAAGAAGCAUGGAGGUCCAAAGGCCAAGGAGCUGCCAACGACUCUGACCACUUCACCGUGUCUGCUCGCAUGCAGAACAGAGGGAUGAUCUCUCCGUCUGUCCUGCACACUAAAGUCAAGAGCAGCAGCAACGCCAUCUCCAAACCUCAGGAAGAGAUGCUCCUGAUAGCUGACAUGAAGGUGGAGUCAGACAAGAAGUUGGAGAAGUUGGAGAAUUUCCUUGAAAAGAUCAACAGUAAAGCAGCAACAGUCACCGAGGCGGGCGUCAUGGCAACGCAGGAGAAGGUGAAGGAAGUGAUGCAGCUGGAGGAUGAGAUCUUUUCCAAGUUCUUCCCCCGAGUUGACCAAGUUCCUCCCGCCGGCAGCAAGGUGGCGCCGCUGGAGGACUUUGACGCCAUCUUUGGUCCUCAGACCCCAGAGUUGGUGUCCAGCAUGGUGCGGCACAAGCGAGCGGUGCGGCCCACACGCAAUGUUCCUGCGUCCAAGAACCCGGUGAAGAUGUUGGCCUCCAGGGAGGACAUCAGACUGCAGUAUGUGGAGCAGAACCUCAACCUGGGCCUGAUGGAGGGCAGCACCAUGAAAGAGAGUCUGUGUGAGGCGGCGUUGGCGGGUCUGCGCAGCCAGGAGAAGGUGAGCAGCGUGCACCUGCGCAGCGUCCAGGUGUGUGAGGACACGUCCAACAACAGUGCCCUGCCCUACAGGAAACUCAUGCUGCUGCAGGUCAAAGGUCGCCGACACGUGCAGACCAGGCUGGUAGAGCCCAGAGCGUCGUCCUUGAACAGCGGCGACUGUUUCCUGCUCAUCACGCCGCAGCGCUGCUUCGUCUGGACGGGAGAGUUCGCCAACAUCAUCGAGAAGAACAAGGCUGCUGAGUUGGCCAACUUCAUCCAGAAAAAGAAAGAUCUUGGUUGCCGUGCCGACGAGGUCCAGGUGCUGGAAGAAGGCGUGGGCGACCAGGACAUGGAGGAGUUCUGGAAGGUUCUGGGAGGGCGAGCGAGUUACCAGGCGGCGGGAGCGGCGGAUGAAGACGAGCUGUAUGAGGACGCCAUGGUGGAGACUAACUGCAUCUACAGACUCAGCCUCAACAAGCUGCUGCCAGACCACCUCUUCUGGGCCAGGACACCUGCCACAUCUUUACUGCGGCCUACUGAGGUUCUGGUGCUGGACUUUGGCAGUGAGAUGUACAUCUGGCACGGCAAGGAGGUGACCCUGGCACAGAAGAAGGUGGCCUUUCAGCUGGCCAAGCACCUGUGGAACGGCACCUUCGACUACACCAACUGUGACAUCAACCCUCUGGACCCUGGAGAAUGUAACCCCCGCAUACCCAAGAAAGGACGAGGGCGUCCUGACUGGGCGCUGUUUGGCAGAGUGACUCAUCACAAUGAAACGUCCUUGUUCAAGGAGAAGUUCUUGGACUGGACUGAAGCCACACCAACCAUCAGGAGCAUCAGUGACCACCAGCAGCUGACUUCACUCCGCCCUCGCGCCUUCCACGCCGCUCGCAUGAUGGCGCCCGCACGCACCCUGGUGGACGGCGUGGAUGUGGGGCGGGGCUACGGACUGGUGGAGGCGGACGAGCGGCGGUGCUACGAGGUGCGCACCUUGGCUGUGGACGUCUGGCACAUUCUGGAGUUUGACUACAGCCGCCUGCCGCGCCAAAGCAUCGGCCAGUUCCACGAGGGCGACGCCUACGUGGUGAAGUGGAAGUUCAUGAUCAGCACCGCAGUGGGGAAGCAUCAGAAGCCAGACCAGAAAAAGACCGCAGGACCCGGGAGAGAGAAGUGCUGCUACUUCUUCUGGCAAGGUCGCAACUCCACCAUCAGCGAGAAAGGAACGUCAGCCCUCAUGACCUUGGAACUGGACCAAGAGCGAGGAGCUCAGAUCCAAGUCCAGCAGGGCAAAGAGCCGCCGUGCUUCCUGCAGUGCUUCAGAGGAGGGAUGGUGGUCCACGCUGGGAGGAGAGAGGAAGACCAGGAGAACUCACACAGUGAUUGGCGGCUGUACUGUGUGAGAGGGGAGGAGGAGCUGGAGAGCCACCUGGUGGAGGUGUUGUGUCACUGCAGCAGUCUGCGCUCCAGAGCCUCCAUGUUGUUGCUGAACAUGAAACUGGCCAACAUGUUGCUGUGGCACGGCUGUAAGACCCUCAAACACACACGCCUGGUAGCUAACAUGGCCGCCAGCAGGAUACAGCAACUUUGUCCACUAGAAGCAGGGUUACACAACAGCAGCCAAGUGAAGAUGGAAGAAGUUGAAGAAGGAAAAGAAGAUGGAGACUUCUGGAAGGCUCUUGGGGGGCGGGACAGGAAGUCAUAUGACUGCAUGCUGCAAGACCCUGGCAGGUUCAACUUCACUCCUGGACUUUUCCACCUGAGCAGCAGCUCAGGAGACUUUGCUGCUGUGGACCUGACCAGAGAGUCCAGCAGGGUCCAGCCUAUGCCCUUCUUGCAGGAAGACCUGUACUCUGUGGACCAGCCAGCUUUGUUCCUGGUGGACAACCACCAUGAGGUCUACCUGUGGCAAGGCUGCUGGCCUCAGGACUGUGAAAGAACUGGAUCUGCUCCUCUGCACUGGGACCUGGACAGGAAGUGUGCCAUGGAGACCGUGCUGCAGUACUGUAAAGCAAAGAAUCCUCCAAGACCUCCUAAGGCCUACCUGAUCCACGCUGGUCUAGAACCUUUGACCUUCACCAACAUCUUUCCUACCUGGGAACUCACACAUGACAUCACACUACAGGAGGCGGAGGUGUGUGAUGAGAUCAUCCUGGUAGAAGAAGUGUUGAGCAGGUUGUGUGAGAGUGUGUAUCCUCUACAUCACCUGCUGGCCCGCCCACUUCCUGAAGGUGUCAACCCUCUUCACCUGGAAGUCUACCUGUCUGACCACGACUUUCAGGAAGGUCUACAGAUGACUAGAGAAGACUACAAUCAUCUUCCUGAAUGGAAACAAGUCAAAGUGAAGAAAAGCAAAGGACUUUUCUAACAGGAACCUUUUUUUUAAGUACUUGAUCCUCUAGUUUCUUGUCCUGAGUACAUCCUGAUCACAGUGACUUUCAAGUGUGCAUGUACAUACAGUACUUACUUACAGUACACUUUCAAGUGUGCAUGUACAUACAGUACUUACUUACAGUACACAUUCAAGUGUGCAUGUACAUACAGUACUUACUCACAGUACACAUUCAAGUGUGCAUGUACAUACAGUACUUACUUACAGUGCACAUUCAAGUGUGCAUGUACAUACAGUACUUACUUACAGUACACAUUCAAGUGUGCAUGUACAUACAGUACUUACUUACAGUACACAUUCAAGUGUGCAUGUACAUACAGUACUUACUCACAGUACACAUUCAAGUGUGCAUGUACAUACAUUAAAGUGUGCACUUACU